UAUUAUCAUUUACAAAAGCCACCAGCAACAAAGUGAUCAAAGUUCCUGUUUUGACCCUUCUAGCUUCCUUCCACGACCCUUCUCAUCAAACCCCUAAUCAUAAAGGGUCGAAAAAGGCUUCGGAAAUCUAAGCUACUGAGUGCGUAAUUACUGAGAUCUGCCUUCAUCCUGGGGUGGUUUGUUGAUGGGUGCUUGCUGGAGUAAUAGGAUUAAGGCUGUGAGUCCUUCCAAUACAGAGGUUUGAUUUCAGAGACCCAUUGGAUGGGUAGAUUUUGGAUUUGGGUAUUCAAGAGAAUUGUAGCUUUUCCACACUCCCUUGAAAGUUCAUCUCAGGCUUGAUUUGGUUUUCUGCUAGGUAACUUUUAAGGAGAGAAGCUGUUAUCUCAGUCCGAGGGAAAUUGUUGUUAAGACGACAGAAGAAUAGGGAUAACCUCGAGAAGUGUCAGCAGGAGUGGCCAUGACAUCAGCUCAGCUAGCAGGAACUCAUCAGCCUCCAUAUCCGUCACUUCUCGGAGUGAAGGUGAAAUCUUGCAAUCGUCCAACUUGAAAAGCUUCAGCUAUAAUGAGCUAAGAGUCGCCACAAGAAAUUUCCGCCCAGAUAGUGUCUUGGGGGAGGGUGGGUUUGGUUCAGUUUUUAAGGGCUGGAUUGAUGAACAUUCACUUACUGCUACCAAACCGGGAAUAGGCAUGAUUGUUGCUGUGAAGAAGCUUAACCAAGAUGGGUUCCAGGGUCACAGAGAAUGGUUGGCUGAAAUCAACUAUCUUGGGCAACUGCAGCAUCCUAAUCUUGUCAAGUUAAUAGGAUACUGCUUUGAGGAUGAGCAUCGGCUUUUGGUUUACGAGUUCAUGCCUAAGGGUAGCAUGGAAAAUCAUCUUUUUAGAAGAGGUUCUUACUUUCAGCCAUUCUCAUGGAGUUUGCGACUGAAAAUAGCUCUUGGGGCUGCGAAGGGCCUUGCUUUUCUUCACAGUACAGAACGUAAAGUCAUAUAUCGUGACUUUAAAACUUCAAAUAUCCUACUUGAUACACAUUAUAACGCCAAACUUUCUGAUUUUGGGUUGGCCAGAGAUGGUCCAACUGGUGAUAAAAGCCAUGUCUCUACCAGGGUCAUGGGAACCCGAGGAUAUGCGGCUCCAGAGUAUUUAGCUACAGGUCAUCUCACUGCCAAGAGUGACGUAUAUAGUUUUGGAGUAGUUCUUCUGGAAAUGAUAUCGGGAAGACGAGCCAUAGACAAGAACCAGCCAUCUGGGGAGCAUAACCUUGUUGAAUGGGCAAAACCUUACCUUUCUAAUAAACGAAGAGUUUUCCGUAUAAUGGAUCCACGUUUGGAAGGUCAAUAUUCACAUACUCGAGCUCAAGCAGCAGCUGCACUUGCCAUGCAAUGUCUUUCUGUAGAGUCCAAGUGCAGGCCAACUAUGGAUGAGGUGGUAAAAGCAUUGGAGCAGCUUCAGGAAUCAAAGGACAUGCAGAGAAAAGGUGCUGAUCAUAAACAUCAUCAUGUACGCAAUUCCGGCCAAGGCCGAUCAACCGGCACCCCUGGUGGUGCAGAUGUGCCUAGAAUUGCUUCUGCUUAUCCUAGACCUACAGCUUCUCUCCUUGGCGGUUGAUACACUUUUGUGAUGCGGCAAGUAGGAAGCAGAAUACACAUGAUUCAGAGGUUUAGGUCUGGCAUGAACCAUAUUUAUGUAAGCAAUGUAUAGUUUGCAUUAUUUCUGUUAUAUUUUGUGCUAUAUAUAGAUUUUUUUUGCUGUUGUGGUCCUGAUUGUUAGACAUGCAAGAGUCUAAUGUGGAUCCUUGAGAUUAUGGUGUUCAUUAAUUUUGAACCCUGUAGAAAUUUGCAACACUGCCCAUGUGGUUUAUGCUCUUCAUAUUUAUCUUUUGCAUUAAA